AUGGAGCCUGGGAAACUCUUGGAUCCCCACUCAGACACAAGCAGCACUCCAAAAAAGCAUGGCAGUCCCCAUGAAUGCUCAGAAUGUGGGAAAUCCUUUGCUGGCUGGUCCCUCCUUUUGACCCACAGGAAGGUCCAUGUGGGAAGUGGAUCCAGUGAAGGUUUAGAGGGUGAGAAAUUCUUCUCUGGAAAAGACGCCAAAGGUCUCAGAAGCCCCCCCAGAUUAAAACCCUAUAAAUGUGAUGAAUGUCACUUAUGCUUUGGUCAAAUGUUACACCUUCUUAAACAUCAGAAAAUCCACACAACAGAGAAGCUUUAUCAAUGUCUGGAAUGUGGGAAGUUUUUCCGUGGAAAAGCCCAACUCAGAAUCCACGAGAUGAUUCACACAGGGGAGAAACCUUACAAGUGUUGGGAAUGCGGGAAGAGCUUUUCUCAGAAGUCAGGUCUUUGGUCCCAUAAGAAGGUUCAUACAGGAAUAAAGCCUUACAAAUGCUUUGAGUGUGGGAACUGUUUCACCCGGAGUUCAUCGCUUCAGUGUCAUUGGAAAACACACACAGGGGAGAAAAACGAAAAGUGCCUUGAAUGUGGGAAACAUUUUUCCUACAAAUCAUCCCUGAUGCGACAUCAGAAACGACACACUGGAGAGAGACCCUACGAAUGCCCAGAAUGUGAGAAACGAUUUAUAUAUUCUCAUGAACUUCAGAGACACCAGAAGAGACACAAAGGGGAGAAGCCUUAUCAAUGUGGGGAGUGUGGGAAAAGUUUUGUUACUCCAAGAGAGCUUCAGGAUCAUAAGAGAACCCACACAGGAGAGAAGCCAUUCAAAUGUGGGGAGUGUGGGAAAUUCUUUUCCCAAAAACACCAUCUUGGAAGGCAUCAGAGGGUCCACACAGGAGAGAAGCCAUAUAGAUGCGUAGAAUGUGGAAAAUCUUUUCCUUAUAAGGAAAACCUUUUGACACAUCAUAAAACCCACACAGGGGAGAAGCCAUAUCAAUGCAAUGAAUGUGGAAGCUUUUAUAUUUCCAUAUCAGCCCUUAGAAGUCAUUUGAAAAUUCACACAAGGGAAAAAAAUCACAAAUGUUUAGAUUGUGGGAGAGCAUUUGCUCAUUCAUCUUCCCUUAGAGUUCACAGCCGAAUCCAUACAGGAGAAAAACCCCACAAAUGUUCAGAGUGCGAUAAAUGUUUUUCACGGAAAGAUUCUCUUGUGAUGCAUCAACGAAUCCACACUGGGGAAAAAAAUGUCUGGAAUGUGGAAAAUAUUUUCCCCAACCUUCAGCAGUUUGCAGGCACACCUGAAAUCACACAGGAGACUGGCAUCACAAGUGUGCAGUGUGUGGGAAAUCUUUUCAUUGUAAAUCAGAACUAA